AUGGCCAAGACUCACGUCCUGGUGCUGCCGAUGCCCUGCCAGGGCCAUGUCACGCCGCUCAUGGAGCUCUCCCACCUCCUCGUCGACCAAGGCUUCGAGGUCACCUUCGUCAACACCGACGUGGACCACGCCUUGGUGGUAGGGGCUCUGGAGGCCUCCGGCGGCGGGGCGGCGGCGCUAGGCGGCGGCAUCCACCUGGCGUCCAUCCCGGACGGGCUGGCCGACGACGAGGAUCGCAAGGACAUCAACAAGCUUGUCGACGCCUACUCGCGCCACAUGCCGGGCUACCUGGAGAACCUCCUCGCCGACAUGGAGGCCGCCGGGCGGCCCAGGGCGAAGUGGCUCGUUGGCGACGUCAACAUGGGCUGGUCCUUCGAGGUCGCCAAGAAGUUCGGCAUCCGGGUCGUGUCCUUCUGGCCGGCGGCCACGGCGUGCUUCGCCUUCAUGCUCAAGAUCCCCAAUCUGAUAGAGGAAGGACUCAUCAGCGACAAGGGGUUGCCAGUCCGGCAGGAGACGUUCCAGCUCGCCCCUGGGAUGCCGCCGCUGCACUCGUCGCAGCUGUCGUGGAACAACGCCGGCGAGCCCGAGGGACAGCACAUCAUCUUCGAGCUGGUGACCCGGAACAACAAGCUGAACGACCUCGCGGAGAUGGUGGUGAGCAACUCCUUCUACGAAGCCGAGGCCGGCGCGUUCAAGCUCUUUCCCAGCAUCCUGCCCAUCGGCCCGCUGUUCGCCGACCCAGCGUUCCAGAAGCCCGUGGGGCACUUUCUGCCGGAGGACGAGCGGUGCGUCAAGUGGCUGGACGCGCAGUCGGACGCGUCCGUCGUGUACGUGGCCUUCGGCAGCAUCACCAUCUUCGACGCGCGCCAGUUCGAGGAGCUGGCCGAGGGGCUGGAUAUCACCGGGCGGCCGUUCCUGUGGGUGGUGCGGCCGGACUUCACCCCCGGCCUCAACAAGGCGUGGCUCCACGAGUUCCAGCAGCGUGUCGCUGUCAAGGGCAUGAUCGUCAGCUGGUGUUCCCAGCAACAGGUCCUGGCGCACCGCGCGGUGGCGUGCUUCGUGUCGCACUGCGGGUGGAACUCGACCAUGGAGGGGGUGAGGAACGGCGUGCCGUUCCUGUGCUGGCCCUACUUCUGCGACCAGUACCUGAACCGGAGCUACAUCAUCAACGUGUGGAGGACCGGCCUGGCGGUGACGCCCGACGCCGACGGAAUCGUAAGCAAGGAGGAACUCAGGAGCAAGGUGGAGCAGGUCGUCGGCGACGCCGAUAUCAAGGACAGGGCGCGGGUGUUCAAGGACGCAGCCCGCCGGUGCAUCGCCGAAGGGGGAUCAUCGGACGACAACUUCAAAAAGCUCGUGAACCUGCUCAGUGAAUGA